AAGGACAGAGGAUGUCUGUCGUAACGGAGUAGUGGCGGUAGUAGCAUGUACGGCGUUUUAACUCGCGGGGAAAAGUCCGAGAGCACGAGCUCGCGAUCCUCAGUCGCGUGUGACACGCGGCGUUAAUCGGUGCUCGUUGGGGUCGCGAUCUAUCGAGCGUCUCGAGAUUCUCGAUCGACGCGGGACGCACGAAACGACGUGUCUUUCGAUUAUUUCGUCUCGCGUGUGUGUUCGUCGAAGGAAAUCUGUGCCCGGAGACGGACCGGAUGGGAUGUGUCGAUCUUUCUUUUAGCUCAUCGACGGGAAAUCUGUUUGUUGUUUCCCGUUCGAGAGGCUCGAACGCGUCGUGAUUGAUUAUGUCGAGAUAGGGAGGAUCGAUGGUACGCGCGAGAAUUAUAAAUUCACGUGAUAUUGUAAAUCCUGCGUCGCGUUGAAUAUUUCAUACGAGGCGAAGUCGGGCAGCCGCGAGCUGUUCGUUCGGAAAACGAUACACCGCUCGAAGGAUUUAUACGAUGCGCGUCGACAGCGAGAAGAGAAUUCCGCGUCACGACGCGCGUUCGACGGGAAUCCCGCGCGGACCGGAAACCGACGCCGAAACCUAAGACGCUCGAUGAACGAUAGAAAGAAAUUUUCUAGAAAAAGUCCAGCAUCGAGCGGAAGGGCUCGCCAAGGAAGAAGUUCUCUGCUAAAGCGGAUGUCUGGCGGAAAGAUCGCUUCGAGGGACGGCGUCGAGGGUCCAAGAACCUCCACCGAGAAUCUUAAAUCGAGUCGGGAUCGUGCCGCCUCGAGAAGAAGCGAUUGAAUCGACGGAGAACGACGGAGGACAAUAAUAUUCGUUAUCCAGGCUGAAACACUUGCAGGGCGUUAGCAUUCUCUGGCGUCGGGAUCGGAAGCUCGCGACUUCCGUUUCUGGGCUUUGGAGAACGAGCGAGAGUAACCGCGUGCCGGAAGUUCCGGUCUCUGGAGCGGUCGCUUUCGCCUCGCAAUGAAAAUGAAUCUCUUGGAACGCGACACGCUCGACGGAACCGCGAUUGUCACACGCGUCGUUCGUGGAAGCUCUUGGAAAUUCGUGUAAAGCGAGUCGCUGAUCGGGCCGAGGAGCGUCGAGGAUGGCGCCAUCGGUCCACAACCGAUAGCGAAUUCGAGAAACGGAAUUCGGUCCUUCUUAUUCCUGGGAUACUCUUAAUCGAAAACGAAAGAUGAGGGACAAACUUGCGUUCAGCUCGGGGGUGCCGGACAUGCACGAGACCCUGUCUAGUUUUCCGGAACAGUUCGGGGAUGGGCCGAGGAAACCGGAAAUAAAGCCAGAAGCGCCGAAGGAGUCGGACGGGACGACGGAUAACCUCAAGUGCGGAUGGUUCUGGUUCAGGCCCACGUACCUUCAACGAUUUCGAACUGCGAAAUGGGCACUUUUCUGGCUCUGUUGGACAGGUGCUAUACAAGGAAUGGUGGUGAACGGUUUCGUAAACGUUGUUAUCACCACGAUAGAGAGGAGAUUCGGAUUAAGGUCGUCCCAGACCGGUCUAAUAGCGGGUGGAUACGACAUAGCCAGUUUCCUUCUGCUGGUCCCGGUCAGCUACCUAGGUGGACGUUCGAAAGCAUCGAAACCAAGGUACAUAGGCGUAGGAGUUCUAGUCUUAGGUAUAGGAAGUCUGCUGUUCGCGUCCCCGCAUUACAUCGCUGGACCUUACAGAGGUGGCCAGCAGUCGGAGAACAUAUGCCAGAGGGUGACCAACACUUCGUCUCGAUCGGUCUCCUGCAACGGGUCCGCGGGCCAAACGGACCAGGAGCCUUACAGCGGGUUGUACUUAACUAUCUUUCUCGUGGCUCAACUUCUGCACGGCGCGGGCUCCGCUCCUUUUUAUACGCUCGGAGUUACGUACCUCGACGAGAACGUAUCGAAAAAGAUGUCGUCCGUGUACGUAGGAAUUUUCUACACAAUGGCCAUAAUAGGGCCAGCGUUAGGCUACGUGGUCGGGGGCGAAUUGUUGAAGCUGUACACGGACUUCAUCACGGUGGACGCGACAGAGAUUGGUUUGACACCGGACAGCAACGUGUGGGUGGGUGCAUGGUGGAUAGGCUUCCUAGCAGCCGCUGUGAUGAGUUUCAUAAUCGCUAUACCGAUCCUGGCGUUCCCAGCAGCGUUGCCUGGUUCCGAGGAGCUGGCCAAGGAGAGGGUGUCGGAGGCGCACGAGAAACCGAAACAGUCGUCUACGAGCGAGACGGGCGAGGCGUUUUCGAAAAUACGCGAGCUGCCGCGCGCCCUAAGCGAUCUGCUCGGCAAUCCGGGAUUUUUCAUGUUGAAUUUGGCAGGUGCCAGUGAAGGAUUGCUUAUCGCCGGAUUCGCGGCGUUCCUGCCCAAGCUGAUCGAAAAUCAAUUCAACGUCAGCGCUAGCUCGGCCGCGUUACUAAUGGGUCUGGUUACGGUCCCGGCGGGCGGCGGCGGUACGUUUCUCGGCGGUUAUCUCAUAAAACGAUUCAAUUUGCCCUGCUCUGGCAUUUUGAAAUUCUGCCUCCUGGCCACCGCCUCUUGCAUCGCUUUCACUUUGUGCUUCGUUCUCAACUGUCCGAAUUUGAACUUUGCCGGAGUCACGGUGCCCUAUUCCGACCAAACAAAAAAAUCUUUCUCGCUGGACGACGCGUGCAAUAAUGGCUGCGGUUGCUCGAGGUCGGAGUUCAAUCCAAUAUGCGGAGUAGAUGGGAUCACGUACUAUUCUCCGUGUCACGCGGGAUGUUAUCAAGAAACGCAGAUAAACGACGUCGAAGUAUACUCGGAUUGCACUUGCAUACGAGCGCCAUCGUUGAACAUGACCGCGGGGGACGCCAUAAUCAGCUACGAGGCGAUCAACACGACCUGCAACACGGCCUGCUCUUAUUUGUGGCCCUUCAUCGCCCUAGCUUUCUGCAAUAUGUUCAUAACGUUUCUUUGCACGAUGCCCGCGCUCUCAGCGACGCUUCGAGUCGUUCGAGACGACCAAAGAUCGUUCGCCUUGGGCAUACAGUGGAUCAAAGUGAGGAUCCUGGGCACCAUACCUGCCCCCAUGGUGUUUGGUGCUCUCAUAGACGACACGUGUAUUUUAUGGAACGAAACCUGCGAGGGCAGGGGCGCCUGUCUCGUUUACGACAAUCUAUACAUGAGCAGGUACAUGCUCGCACUAGCUUUCAUCGGCAAGGCGGCUUCCCUGCUUUUCUUCUUCCUUGCCUGGUGGACGUACAUCCCCCCAGGAGGCAGAAGAGCCGAUCAGAAUUCGCGAGAAGAGCCCACCACGACGUUAAUGUUGAACGACACCACCCCACACGAAGCGCCCACCACACCGGCAACGAUCAAUCCUAUAAUCGAGGCGUAAAAACUAACCCUGCGUUCCGUUAAGUUCGUUUGUAAGAAGACUAGAGACGAUCUUGUUUCGCGAGGCUACAGUCUGGAUGGAAUCCUGGCUCUUAGAGAAGCAUAGCGAUAUGUAUUGUUGAAUGUGUAAUUAUAAUGGAAGUAAUAUAGAGAGCACGAUGAUGAUUGUGUCUGCUAGUCAGUUGAGAAGAAAUCAAGCGUCGUUGAUAGUAAAUCGACUGCGGAUGUUUGUGCAUUUGUGGGAAAUUUUAAUACAGAACGCACUUGCUAUUCAAAAAAAUAGGAAAUGCUUAAAGUAAGAUACGAAUUAUUAUAUUUGGGGGGUCGAGACGACCAUCUACGAAGCUCUGAUUUCAUCGAUUCUAUUAAUAAAAAUAUGAAUUCGCAUAAAGAUCCGCAGUCCAACGAUAAGACUUAGCUUUUACGAAGAUAAAGCUUGGCAAUGGAUGUCGGCUCUUUAUAGACAUUCUUUUCGCUGGAAAGUUAUUCAAGAUACCUUAGCACAUAGUUGGAUGUAUUUAAUAACUGUGUCUAUAUUGUUUUUACGUGGACUAGCUAAGGGGUUAUUUAUUUGAUAUUUUUAUUCCGUAGCAUGGGUUGUUCACCGUCGAGGAGAAAAUGGUAUUUUAUUCGUAGGGUGGUAAUUUCGUGAAAGGUACACUUAUUCACUAUUGUUGAAGCACUAAAAUAUAAAGUGGACGAAACACGAGGGAGACUUUACGGAUAUCAAAAAUUGUUUAAAAUUGUACAGUUACCUUUAUACGGUUCGUAAUAAAUAGGGUACUUGAUGUAAGAGCCACUCACUGCCAGAAUUGCUAAUGUUUUUAAUAUCUUAUCGAGAAUCAAAGAAAAAUAUACUAUGCUCGUUUUCUCGAGAAAACGACACGUACCUACCAGCUACGAAACAUAAUGGGCAAGUGCACUUGUAGUCCUUUUCGACGCUCUUUGUAAGCCACUUUCUCACCUGACAUGGUCGUUUUGUUAAAUUUUGGUUGUAAUAUUGAUCAAGCACUUAAGCACUCUCCCAGUAAUAUCAUUGUAGAAACUAAUAGCUGUUGCUGAACGAUGGAUCAAAGGAAAGACUACCAGAAUUAAUUGUAAUUAUAAGACCAUAUCGCCCCUCUAUUAUCCGAUCUGAAUGUGAUUUCAACUGGUGUAACAGUGUUUUAUAAUCCUGGUAUUUACCGAUCGUCAAUUAACCUCAAAGGAGUGUAUUUAUCACAGAUGAUAAUAAUCGAUGUUUAAGAUAAAGAAAACUACCCCGCAUUUUUAUAUUCUUCGUAUUUAUGCAACAUAAUUGGUUUGUAUAUAAGAAGUAAUUUAAUAAUCUAUUGUUGAUAGAAACAAUACCGUGUUUCGUCCUAAAUUUACCAUUCAAUGAAUUUAUCUUCAAGAAAUUUGGUGUUAGAGACUUUCGGUAUACUUGAUACUGUUAAGUUUCCUUGUAUAUUAAUCUAACGUUUUCGAAACGAUCCAUUACCAUUUUUAUACUAAAGAAUUCCAAUUUACGUAGUCUUAGACUUUAGCUUCUAUCGUAACGUUUUAGUUUGGAAUUGCAGACCAAUCCAAGCAUCGAAGAAAGAUCAAAGAAAUUACUUCUUAUAAAAAGAAACCUUUACGUAAGAGCAAAUGAAUUAAAAUUUGCGAUAAUGCAUAAUUGUUACCAUGACCAGAUAAAUUGUUGCUUCGCCUGUGCGACGCCUGUGCAUCGUCGUUGCUUGUGUAAAGGAAACAGUGUAUCGAGAUGAUCGAACGAUCUCUAUCGUGAACUGAUAUUUAUAAUAGAUACGAUAAUUGCAAGUAUAUGUAUUACAAUUGAUUGUAUAAUAUUUAAUGCAUAUCUCAUUCGCGCGUGGAAAUAAGAAAUAUCCGACUCAACAAUUUUAUACUACGCCAGGUUUUCAUGUUUUACCGUUGGUAAAAUGUUUCGUCUAUUAACUUUAUGAAACAAAAAAAGUAAAAUUGAAGAUACUUUAUCGCGUUGGUAUCGAAGAAAUCGCAGAUUUCUCGAAAGGUAACGUUAACAACAGUUCAACCACAUCUGAUGAAAAUCAUUGAAACAUAAAAGCACCGAUGAAUCGUAGAAUUUCUUAUCGAAGAUUUUUCAUAAAUGUAAUUUGCAAAAUUGAAGGCAAAACGUUUGUAAUAACCAAUUGUGUAAAUGUGCAAACGCAUGAGCGUAUCAUGGACUGUCGUUUACAUCGAUUUGAUACGAUGCAUUUUGUGCGAUUUCUAAUUGUAAUUAUUUUUGUUAUGAAAAAAUAAUAUGUCUAACGCGUUUAUUACACGUGUUGCCAAUA